UGCGGAGCCAACUCGAGGGAGAAAAAUCCUAUUGGCCUUGAGGAGGCAGGGAGCCAGCCCCUAGGCGCGGCCUGCAGGGGGCAGGAAAUCGCCCGGGGAAGCGGGAAGGCAGGACGGAGGCCAGAGCCGGUGCCCUCUUAGCUGCAGCCCGCAGCCCCGGGCUCUCCGCGCCUCUGCCGGUGCGCCCUCCACAUCCCGCGGGCUCCGCGCUGCGCUGUGCGCUGACAUGUGCGCCGCCGGGAUGCCGCCCCUGGCACACAUCUUCCGAGGGACGUUCGUCCACUCCACCUGGACCUGCCCCAUGGAGGUGCUGUGGGAUCACCUCCUCGGCGUGAGCGACAGCGGCAAAAUAGUGUUUUUUGAAGAAGCAUCUCAAGAGGACAGACUGAUCAAAGAAUGGCGUUUCAGACCAUGUGAAAUAAAGGAACUGAGCCACCAUGAAUUCUUCAUGCCUGGGCUGGUUGAUACACACAUCCAUGCACCUCAGUAUGCAUUUGCUGGAAGUAACGUAGACCUGCCACUUUUGGAGUGGCUGACCAAGUACACCUUUCCUACUGAACUCAAAUUCCGGAACAUCGACUUUGCUGAAGAAGUAUAUACCAGAGUUGUCAGGAGAACGCUAAAGAAUGGAACUACCACAGCCUGUUACUUUGGAACAAUUCACACUGACUCAUCCCUGCUCCUUGCAGAAAUUACAGAUAAAUUUGGGCAGCGGGCAUUUGUGGGCAAAGUAUGCAUGGAUUUGAAUCAGACAGUUCCAGAAUACAAGGAAACCACUGAAGAAUCAAUCAAGGAAACAGAGAGAUUUGUGUCAGAAAUGCUUCAAAAGAACUAUUCGAGAGUGAAGCCCAUCGUGACACCACGUUUUUCCCUUUCCUGCUCUGAGACUUUGAUGGGUAAACUGGGCAGCAUUGCCAAGACCCAUGAUUUGCACAUCCAGAGCCAUAUAAGUGAAAAUCGUGAUGAAGUUGAAGCUGUGAAAACCUUAUACCCUGGUUAUAAAAACUACACAGAUGUGUAUGAUAAAAACAAUCUUCUGACAAAUAAGACAGUGAUGGCGCACGGCUGCUACCUUUCCGCAGAAGAACUUAACAUAUUCAGCGAACGAGGAGCGUCAAUUUCACAUUGCCCCAAUUCUAACUUGUCGCUCAGCAGUGGCUUUCUAAAUGUUCAAGAAGUCCUGAAACAUGAAGUGAAAAUAGGGCUGGGUACAGAUGUUGCUGGUGGUUAUUCAUCUUCAAUGCUUGAUGCGAUCAGGACAGCAGUGAUGGCUUCCAAUAUCCUUUUAAUUAAUAAGGUAAAUGAGAAAAGCCUCACUCUCAAAGAAGUCUUCAGACUAGCUACUCUUGGAGGAAGCCAAGCCCUGGGCCUGGAUAAAGAGAUUGGAAACUUUGAAGUGGGCAAAGAAUUUGAUGCACUUCUGAUCAACCCCAAAGCAUCAGACUCUCCCAUUGACUUAUUUUGUGGGGAUUUUGUUGGUGAGAAUUCUGAGGCUGUUAUCCAGAAGUUCCUCUAUCUAGGAGAUGAUCGAAAUAUUGCGGAGGUUUACGUGGCCGGGAAGCAGGUGGUCCCAUUUUCAAGCUCAGUGUAAGACCCUCAGGCUUCUGCGAAGCUCUUCUCGGAUGACAUGCUUCUGCGUCGCCCUUCUUUCUGCUGAGGCGAGUUAGAAAGUCAAAAAAAUAGUACCUUACUGUUGGGAUGACUGUCUUUUUCUCUGUCUAGUUCAAGUAUUCACUUGAGAAAUCAUUCGAAGGAAGUUGCACUGCUCUCAACCCCCUGGUUAGGAGAGUUCGUAAUUUUGUGAAAUGAAAAUGUCUCCCUUUUGAGCUGUUCAAAUUUACUAUAAGCUCAAACAUAUGGGAAUGUUUUUGUUGUUGGUGUUAUUAUUAUGAGAUUUAAGUACAAUCUCUUUCUUUAUUUGAAAUGUGGAGAGAAAAGAUAUUCAUGGAAGAUUAAAUCUUUUGAGCUAAUAAAUGAAAAUUAGAAAACUGUAAAUGAAAGUGAACCAGUGAGAAUAUUUUUGUGAGUGAGAAAAUACUAUGAACAAAUAUUGGAAAAUCACUUCGAAUUGUGUUUAAAAAUUGCAUACUGAACAUACUGAUUUUAAAAAAAGGAACUUAUUGAAUUGUAAAAUGUGUUUCUAGAUUGACCUGUGUUCUGGAAAUUUUUCUCUUACUGGGAUUUAAAUUUCAGAGAUGUUUUAUUGUUGUGCUUUGCCUUCAUUGGGGAUGAAAUGUCAGAAAUUUAAUGCCACAUGCUUUCUUAAUGUAGCUCUGUGCUCAAGAGUAUUUGAUAGAAAUGGGUAUUAAAGAUAUAAAGUCUCUUAGGAAUAUAAUUCAUAUAACUACAUAGCAUAAAUAGUUGUAUUUUUGUGUAUUUUUAAAUCACCAUAAUUCAUAACCGUACAAUGUUAUUAUUGCUUUGGUUUUGUUAAAGGAGAAACAAAUUCUAUACCCCACUGUUGUGUAGACUGGAGUCCUCAUAAAUUGGGGCAAGUAGUGGAGCUGUCAGUACCAACACAGAGGAUUCUAUUACAAUGGCCAGUUCUACCCAAGCACUGUACCUUAGUUGCUGGAAAUCUCAAACUCAGAUAUCAAUCUGCUAGAAUUUUAAGGGGCAGGAAAAAUCCUGUUAAAAAAUAUUAUUAAAAAUCUUUAAGCUCUGCAUAUUGCAAGUGCUCCAUUUUCCAAUUUCUUCCAGUUGUCUAAUUCUCUGUAAUGAUUAGGACAUUAGAAUUUAGGUUAAAAGAAAUAGAUGUCCCAUUUCAUGUUUAUAUUAAUCUGUACUAUACAUCUAAGAACAUUAAACAAAGCAAAGAACAUUUUUUUACUUCCUAACUAAUAUAGUGUGCCUUCUGAUGUAACAGAAUUAACACUAAAUUAUAACCUUGUAAUAAAUCCUUAAGAAGUAUUGAUUUGAAUAUGUAAUUUAAAUCCUAUAUGUUUUUCUCAUUUACUUACAAAUACUAUAAACCAACAAGGAAAAGGAACUGUGUUUCUUAAUCUAACAUGGCACUCAUACCUAGAAUAGAGGUAUGGCUCAGUAUUAACUUGGUCUAGAAAUUUAUGUAAUAUUACUAACUCUAUAUUAACAGAUUUAAGGACACAAUCCCUUCCCCUAUAUUAUAAAUUUUGUACUCACAUAGUCAUAUUAAUUCGGGAGUAAUUUGCCCAGUUUUUUUUUUCCCACUAGAAACACUUUUAGAUUUGAUUGCAUAUACACUAUACUGAAGGAUAGAACAAAGUUUUGUUUUCUUUUGUUUUGAUAUAACAGAGUUAGUGUUGUGGGAUAUUAAGUAACUCAAAAAAUCCAACUUCCAGUCUCAGUCUUUGUAUUUCCAGUAUUUCUAAUUCCUGAGCCAUGUCAAAGAUGCCCUGCCAAAAUUCUCCUCGCUUCUCCAUAGUGCCGAAAGUGAUUUCUGCUCUUUCAGCCCCUGCCAAAGGAUCUUGCUUAUGUGGUGUCUAGCCCAAAUGAGAAGGCUCAGGAAUUUAGAAGAGAUGUACAAGAGCCACUAAUAGGCAGCUGUUUCAAGAGCCUAAACUUUUACCUUCCUUAAGGGUGGACAUUUUGAUGUCAAACAUCAGUUUUCAUUUAGAUUUAGGAUUCACAUGCAGUAAAUACAUAUAACUGUGGCAUCAGAAGCAGGAAGAAUGGCCAUAUUCAACCCAUCUGCCAAACGUUAAAUUUAGCCCUGAUAGUAUGUUGAGACCUGCAUAUCUUUCCUAGUAAAAACAGAAUGUGUUGAAAUGUUUAUAUGUACUUUGAUCUCCCUGCAUCCCUUAUAACGUAUGCGUUUCAUUUCUCCAAGUGCAAUGUGCCUCAAUCUUGUAUAUGCUCUUUGCAGUACUACAGGCAUUAGCCAUAUUUGUGGUCAGUUGUUCCGCACUUUGAAAUGUUGCCUAUGCCUAACGUAGGUUGUGGAGAAGCAGUAUUGCAAGGCAAUCCUAUUUGCCACUUUAUGCUUGAAUAUUUUGCUUUCUGACAGGAAAGAAAGGAUUCAAACUUCUCAUCAGCCCCGCUCUGUUUCAUGGUAUUUGUUAAUGGAAUGUAUUUUAAAAGGUAAAAACUUACUCAAUGGAGUUGACUGUCAUAAAUUUUAAAAAUACUUUUGUAAUUAGAACACAAAAGCAGACUAAUCAGCUAAGGUGAAUAUCAUUUUCAAAUGAGACUGAAACGUGGGAAAUAAAAGAUUAGGGUGCAAGAGAGGUUGUCUUAGUAACUGUAAACGGAGGCUGAGGAGACUCUGCUCCCUUAUUAUACCCCAGCUCCUUCUCUAAUUUAACUGUCAAAGGUUUUAGAGUCCAAGAGGGUAUCUUGGAACAAACUCCAACCUAGGAGGAGGUCUUUCUAAGUUAAUACUUAAGAGCAUUGCACGUUGAACCCCAGUGAAUCUCUUUUUUUAUUUCCUUGAGAAUUCUACAUGUGAAAGGAAGGGAAGUAGUAGGAAGACUCUCCCUAUUAUGCUCAGCUGGUUUUGAAUAUCCCUGUUGGCAGCUGCAGCUGAGAUCUUAGAAAAGAAAUAUAUAAUGGGUGUGAGAACCAGCAAUAUAUUUUGAAUCAUCACUCCCUACCAGAGUUCUCCUAUUUUUAAUCUUUUCACCUCAGAACCAGACAGAUGGAAAGCAAGCUGGAAGGCAAGUCAUAUCAAUUCUACCUUGUGCUAUACCCAGAAGAUACCCAGAAUUGGAUGCUUCUGUAUGAAGCCUAUUGGAAAUCUUUUCAUUGUUGUCCAAUUUUUUAAGUUGACAACAAUGCUGGAAAUGACAUGUCGAAAAAGAGUGUCAUGAGUUACGGAAUAUGGAUUAACAAAUGUUCCAUGAACAAUGGCUUGAAAUCAUUUUUAAACUGGGUGGAUUGGUAUGAAUUUUGAAGUUAGUUUUUGGAGAUGUUUGCAAUUUCAGAUCUACCCAAUUGCUUCAGGUAUGACUUUGGAUCCUCACACUUGUUAAUGUCUUUAAAGGAAAAACACAGAAGUGCACAAGUGUGUAGACACUAUCAGAAAACCGCAGCACUGGUCACCAUGCACAUUUUCACGCCCAGCUUCGUCUCCCUUCCCUGACCACAGCCCUGAGUGUGAGAGCAAGAAUCAUGUGGUUAAUUUGCAGAUGGAGUCCAAGUUUAGUGCAAUGCAAAAGUCAGACAGGCCAAUGAUGAAAUUAAAUAUACAUUCUAAGGUGGCUUUUAUGGUCCACGAAGCUCGAGUACGUCGAGCAACAGAUAUUAUUCUCAGCUCAUCUGUUAGAUGGCAGCAAUGUAUGUGUCUGUCCAUUUCCCAUUCGAAAGCCUGUCAGAAAGCAUUCUUUAGAGAAAACCACUUUACCUUGUUAAACUCCUGAUUGGAGCUCUUAAAAAUAUAUGUGUAUGUAUUUGUGGGGAAAUUUUUCUCAGUAUCUGUAUUGAUUUGCGUAUAGUUCUUGUGCUGAGUGAACUCCAUGCUUCAGACAAAAAUAAAUGAGAUUUUGUGUUUACAUUA